CCUGGAACUGGUCUACUUUUGCAGUGCACCUGGUAGCCCUGUUAGAGAGGUUAAAUAAUUUGCCAAAAGUCAAAAGUCAGGAAGAGAAGGGGGCUGGGCUUAGAAUCUGGGUCCCCUCUCUCCUUGUCCUCUGUCUCCUGAUCCCUUCUCUCAACGCAAGCUGAGGCUGUGACAGUCUUGAACCAGGAGGAAGGACGAGGCCAUGUAGGAAGGAACUGACUGAAGGGGCAUAGCCUGCUGGUGCCCUUUGCUUCCACCUCCCAGUGUUCUGAGAGAGGAGGAGCUGGUAACGGUCAGCUGAAAUUGUCCAUCGAUGCCCGGGACCGGGUCCUUCUGCUGCACACACAUAAAUAGUUACCAAGCUUCUGCUGUGGCCCCCACUGCCUGCCUCCUUCUGUACGGUCCAGAAACCCUGCCUGGCUCUUUAGCUUACCUGGCUCUUGCUGUUCAAGUCAUUGAAGGCAAAGGCCUGAUGAGCAGAGAGCCCGGAGUCUGUGAUCCCUAUGUGAAGAUUUCUUUGAUCCCUGAAAGUAAUCGAAUACGCUCUCAGAAGACCCAGACCAUUCCAGACUGCAGAGACCCAGCAUUUCAUGAGCACUUCUUCUUCCCUGUGCCAGAGGAGGAUGAUCAGAAACGUCUUCUGCUUGCCGUGUGGAACAGAGCCAGUAAGACCAGGCGGCGAGCGCUCAUUGGCUGCAUGAGCUUUGGGGUGAGGUCGCUCCUGACUCCGAACAAGGACAUCAGUGGCUGGUACUACCUGCUGGGAGAGGACAUGGGCUGGACCAAGCACCUGAAGGUGGCCAGGAGGCGGCUGCGGCCCCUGAGAGACCCUCUGCUAAGAAUGCCAGGAGGUGGAGACACUGAGAACGGGGAGAGACUCCAGAUCACCAUCCCGAGAGGUGAGGACGGCUUUGGCUUCACCAUCUGCUGUGACUCUCCAGUCCGAGUCCAAGCUGUAGAUUCUGGGGGCCCAGCAGAGCGAGCAGGGCUGCAGCAGCUGGACACGGUGCUGCAACUGAAUGAGAGGCCGGUGGAGCACUGGAAAUGUGUGGAGCUGGCCCACGAGAUCCGGAGCUGCCCUGGAGAGAUCAUCCUGCUCGUGUGGCGCAUGGUCCCCCAAGUCAAGCCGGGGCCAGAUGGCGGGGUCCUGCGGCGGGCCUCCUGCAAGUCAACACACGACCUCCUGUCACCCCCCAACAAGAGGGAGAAGAAUUGUACCCACGGGGCCCAGGCACGGCCUGAGCAGCGCCACAGUUGCCACCUGGUGUGUGACAGCUCGGAUGGGCUGCUGCUCGGUGGCUGGGAGCGCUACACCGAGGUGGGCAAGUGUGGGGGCCAGCACACCCUGCCUGCACUGUCCCGUGCCACUGCCCCCACCGACCCCAACUACAUCAUCCUGGCCCCGCUGAACCCUGGGAGCCAGUUGCUGCGGCCUGUGUACCAGGAGGACACCAUCCCCGAAGAAUCGGGGAGUCCCACUAAAGGGAAGUCCUACACGGGCCUGGGGAAGAAGUCCCGGCUGAUGAAGACUGUGCAGACGGUGAAGGGUCAUGGGAGCUACCAGGACUGCUCACUUCUGAGGCCGCAUGUCCCGCACUCAAGCUACGGCACUUACGUCACCCUGGCCCCCAAGGCCUUGGUGUUCCCUGUUUUUGUUCAGCCCCUAGAUCUCUGUAACCCUGCCCGGACCCUCCUGUUGACAGAGGAGCUGCUGUUGUACGAGGGGAGGAACAAGGCUGCCCAGGUGACACUGUUUGCCUACUCGGAUUUGCUGCUCUUCACCAAGGAGGAUGAGCCUGGGCGCUGCAAUGUCCUGAGGAACCCCCUCUAUCUCCAGAGUGUCAAGCUGCAGGAAGGUUCUUCAGGAGACUUGAAAUUCUGCUUGCUGUAUCUAGCAGAGAAGGCAGAGUGCUUAUUCACUUUGGAGGCACACUCGCAGGAGCAGAAGAAGAGAGUGUGCUGGUGCCUGUCGGAGAACAUCGCGAAGCAGCAACAGCUGGCAGCCUCACCUCCCGAGAGGAAGAAACUCCACCCUUACGGCUCUCUCCAGCAGGAGAUGGGGCCAGGCAACUCCACCAAUGCUACCCAGGAUAGAAGCUUUACCUCAUCAGGACAGACUCUGAUUGGCUGAGCAAACCCAAGGGCGGGACUCUGCUUCUGGCAACUUAACCCUUUCUGGGGGCAUCCCUUACCACACAGUAACCUCACCUCAACUGGACCCAAAACGGAGAACCAAGAUGGUGGGCCUAGGGUCAUCUUCAGGGAGUGGUCCUGAGGGUGUGUGUGUGGACUGGCAACGGGAGAAGCCCUAUGGGCAUGUGCAGACUGGCAACAGGAAGUUUCUGAUGGAGAAGCAUUAUUUUGGCUGGAUGGAGAAGACUCAGAAGCUUGUUUCCUCCAAGGAGAAGGAGGCUAAAUGGCAUCUUAGGCACCCACCUUGGGGGCAGCAGCAGAUUGGGAAAGGUCACCCCAAUGGAGAACAGUGCCAUGACCUGCGCAGCCCGAAGACAUCUCCACCCAUUCACUCACUCUUGGACACAUUAAUUUGUUCGUUCAAUGGAUAUUUGGGGGCAUCUCUUUGGUAGUAGGCUCUGUGCUAGGAACUUGGGGGAUACUUUGGAGAACCAGAUGGGCAUGGCUUCUGCUCUCAUAAAGAUUCCAGCCCUAGUAGGGAGUGAGCAUUAAAUAAAUCAACACCAGCACACACGUGAUCACACCCUGGGAGAGCAAAUGCCUUUAGAGGACAUUGUAUCUAGAUUGCUCCUUGUAAGGGUACAGCUAAGGAAGGACAUAGCUUGUAAACUGAGACCUAUGGGCUGGAAAGGAGCAAACCAGCCAAGGAUUUGGGAGAAAGCAUUCCAAGUAGAUGGAACAGCAUGCAAGAGUUCUUGGGAUGGGAAGGGGCUUGGUGUGCUGGAGGAGCUAGGAGAGGGCAGUGUGGCUAUAGCCUAGUGAGGAGGAAGGAAGGAAGGCCAGGUUGUGUAAGACUCAGGUGGUGAAUAUUUUAAUGAUUUUAUUCUAGAUGAAGCAGGGAGCCAUGAAAGGCCUUUGAGGGAGUGACACAAUCUCAGGAACAUUUCUGCAAGCUCUGAAGGUAGAUAGGAGGGUAUCAGGUGAGCAUUGGAUCAGUUAGGGAGCCCCACAGUCCAUCACCUAUGGGGUGAUGGUGCCUUAUCCUGGAGAGUGGCUGGGGUAUUGGACAUGUGAAUGCCAGACUCUGGGAUGAGAAGAGAUUCCUUCUCCUACUCCACCACUGCCCUCAUCCUUCAUCUGGUCUUGUGAAUGAGAUUUGGGGCCCUCCUUACAGAGAGCCUUCUGGCCAGCCUGAACUAGGGACCAGUGCUGAGUUUAGGGAGAGUUUCUGGAGUUGGGGGUGUGCAGUACUCAGCCUGGUCCCCAGGUCUCUGCAGGGGUUGCCUGUACUACCUCUCUCUCCGUCCUGUGCUUGGCUGUCAUAUGGGGAGCUGGAACUCAGUGCUCUGACAACUCACUUGUUUUUCUUUCUGUGGGACUCUAAGGGUCAGGGAUGAGGGCUGGGUGUGGCUCAGCAACUCUUGCAGAGAGUGUAAAGUGAAAGGAAGACCUACCAAGGGCCAGGAAUGAGAGCCCAGCCUACUUGCUGCCUGCUGCAGCCCCAGCUAGAACUCAGGGUCGGGCAGCUCUUACUUCUAACUGCUAAAACCUAGGAGGAGGGAAAUCCACAAUUACAGAUGAGAGACAUGUUUUAUGUACAAAAGAAGUCUAAAUGAUGGGGUCAUUUGCAUAGUAAACGAGAUAAGAGAGGGUGGAGAGAUGGUUCAGGUCAGAGAAAUCCCUAACCAUGGACAAGCUCUAUGUUGUGUACGAUCUCAGUGUCUUUAGAGACGAUAUUUGUGCCCUUGAGAGUUUGCUCAGCUGAACACCAAAAACGAUGCCUUAGAAGAGAGGAUGUUUCUUACCUUCCAUAUAGGAAAAAUCAGACAUAUUGGUACAACUGUUUAAUAGGGGGUGGGAUGCCCCUGCCCAGCAGGGAGACAGAUUCUACCUGGAUGGGGAGAGAUGGUUUACAGCAUCUCUGCCUGCCAGGGCUUGGCCCACAGGGUGAAUCUGAGCAGCUGAGCUGCUGGGUCUGCGGAGACAGCAAGCUGCACUUUGAUUUCAUUUGAUUCUCUUAUAAAAUGACAUUAAGGGGAAUGUGAGACAUGGGGGAAUCGCCUGUCUGGGAAGGCAGUAAGCUUGUCUGUCCUGAGCCUGGUGACCUGCCUCUGUCCACAGAUAGGUUUAGAACACAGGCACUCUGAAAUGGAGAAUCUGAAUGCAGCAGCCAGCCCUGGGGACAGGACGUUCCUCCCAGUUUUUUCUGACACUCUCAUCAAGGUUCCAGGCCCACCGGCCGGUGGGGAAGUGGACACCGCUCUUGCUGGGCCUUGGACUUGUUUGCCCAGCAAUUGUGGUGAGCCACAGCACCAUUGCUGUUCUGCCUCGUGAAUUGAUUCUUCUCAUUUGGCUCCACGGGCUUGUGAAGAUGAAAUACGGCCUGGUGGCCAUUGCUCUGCAGCAUCCUGGGCUGUCCCAGCUGUUCAAGAUGAUGAAAAAGCUAUCGAAAUUGCAUGUGAGAGUCAUAAUCACGGGAAACAUGGUCGGGCCCCUCCCCACCCCAUAAAUCACACUAAGAAGCACACAAUGGCCUCUUUCCUGAUGGGCCCAGGAGUUGGGAGGAUGGAAGAACAACCAUGUAUUGUCAAAAAGGCCAUCUGUGCAAUUUGAAUACAAAGUGGCCCUUUUAGUUCCCCACACACCCUCUAAUCCUGUUUUCAUGUGUUCUUACAUCUCGGACUCUAGGUCUCUUGAAACACUCAUUUCUGUGCUGUCAUGCCUGGGUCUCCUGGCCCUUCAGGAGUUGGGACUCAUGGACCUUUAGGAAAUAAUGACACUGAUUUGUGUACGUCUUUUUCUUAAUUCUUUAUUGUAAUGUUAUUUUUUUUUCUCCUAAAUUCUGCCACCAAAGCCGUAAUUUGUCACACAGGGUACCAAGGCAUCAAGAAGGUUCUGCAAAGGGAAGAUGCAGGCAGUUGUGCAAUAUGGGAGGGUCCUUCACAGUGAGAACCCCACGGCAUGUACUUUGGAGAUGGCAGCCAGGGUUCCCAGGCAUCAUUUCCCCUAAGCCUCCUGGCAAACUCAGUUUAUGGACAAAGGUGCCCAGGCUCUGAGAAAUUAAAUGACUUAUCCUAGGUCACACAGCUGGUAGGUGGCUGAAUUAGUCCAGAAGCUGAGGUUUUCCAGACUGAUCCAUUACUCUUUCUAGAUGUAAAGCUUUGCUUUUAGGAAUAGAAAUAGAGAAGUCAUUCCUUUUAUCCACGAAGAGUCAGGAGGCUGAUACCAGUGCGUACUAGAAGUGGUGGCCCAUCUAGCUGUAGAGGGAACACUUUUUGGACAAGUAAAAUGAAAUUCCGUAUUCUCCAUUUGGUGGAGAAGAACUUCUAGUGUUCAUUUUCCCUGCGGGGUGGCGCAGGCUGGAAAGAUCAGUUGCUGCCGGCAAGAGGUAAAAAUAGUCUGAUGAGACUGAGCUCCUAAGAUGGGCUCCCAGGGGUGCUGGAAUGGUUGGGUUGUGCUCUUCCCCUUUAGAGAUUGGCAUUUAAGAGGAUCAGCUGAUGCAGAAAUGUUGUCAGAGGUAGAAGGGGGCAGCUUCGGGCUCAUGCCUGGCUGUCUUAGCAUCAGCACCAAGAGGCUUUGACCUGAGCUCAGUUGAGAGUCCGCUGUCACUGGCUCCUUCCGCAGGAUUUUGUGCCCAGAUUUUGCUAAUUGGCUGACUUAAGAUCUCAGCUCUAAGUGUCUGAGAAUCAAAUGGAUUGGAUUUCAGCUCUCCCUCCAAAGGAGCAAACCUCUUUUCUCCAACAAGCGCAAUUGUUUUCCAGGCAGCCUGCAGCUUCCCCGCCUCUCUCCCUUGAUGCUGGUCUGGCUGUGGGCAGACUGCCUUCUUUGCCGACUUGCUCUUCUUUUUGCUGGUAAGGAACAGAGAACAGCUCUACCCACUCCUGUCGUGCUCUUGUCUUUCCCAAGUCUGUCUCUGACAAGGGCUGCUUGCCGUCCCUCCCAGCUGCUCCCAGAUCUUUGCUUUAGGGUAGAGUGACAACACUAGGUAAUUUACCAGGCACUCAUACUGUGAGCCAGGGCUGGAGUCCAGCUUUUGACACACAUUGUUUCUUUUUAUCUCCACUAUAGCCUUAUGAGGCUCAUUAUCCUGUUACAGGUUUACUCCCAUUAUACCCACUUUAUAGAUGAAGAUGUUGCAUCUUAGAGAAGUUAAGAAAUUUGCCCAAGGUCGCACAACGGGUAGGUGGUUAGGAUCCCAAGCCAGGGCAGCAUGGCCCUGACUCUUCUUUUGACUGCUGGGAGGGACUGGGGAGGCUGGGCAGGCACAGUCCUACCUAAAGGCCAUCACAGGAAGCGUGAUGAUCUAUAUAAAGCCCAGGUCUCCACUUGGCUCUCCAGGCUCUCUUGGCUACUCUGCCCUUCUGCUUUGUUCUUCAAGCCUGGCCACACAGGACAAUUUCACCUUCUCCAAAGUCCCUGUGCCCAUUCAUAUGGAGGCUGUUCCUUCUGCCUGGAUGGCCUGACCAUCUCUGCUGACCUUACAAGGUGCAGUCUUCAAAACUGGAGGGCCAACACCUUUCUUAGGUACACACCAGAAGCCUUUGCUUCCCCUUAUGCUUUCCCAGAGGGUUUUGUUCAUCCUCAGCGUAGUGUGUCAGGCAGAUAUACAAAGAGUGAUCAAAAUAUACAGUGAAUGGGGGUCUCAAAGCAAAGUCCAAGCAUAUGGUGGAUUCUUUGUAUUGCAGCUGAAAUUUUCUUCUAGAAGGAAGAUGGCAAGUCAGAAAGUCCAAGGUUGGGUAGGGAGGAGGUCCCAGGAAAGGAGGACAGGCUGCUAUGAGAAGGAAAGUAUGGAAACACUAGGUCUCUCAUGAGUUAGCAGGGUUCUAUACCAAUGGAUCUCUUCACUACACUCUACGUUUAUGCUUGAUGUAAAAAACCCUUAUGCGUGCAUUAUAUAAGAUGUGAUCAAAAUAUCAAUGAACAUUUAAGUUAAAAUUUAUUACAUUAAAAGACACAUUGUCAUUAAUCUCCCUCAAAAUAUUUUCCCUUGCUUCCUGAACACUUGGCCAUUUUCUGAAGCCGUUCUGGAAGUUCAGUUUUGUAAAUGUCUUUAUGGGGCUUGAUCAGAAAUGCAGUGAAUGCUGCUGCCAAGUGCCAUGCAAAAGAGAGGCGGGCUUAUAGAAACAUUAUGGUAUGUCCUCAUCCAGUUCAUCCACCAGAUCUGGUACUAGGUGACUGCUGGUUCUUCUCUAAAGUCAAUAUGACUAUGAAAGGGAAACAUUUGGAAUCAAUGCAGGGCACUGAGGGACUCAAAACAGUGUAACUAAAGACAAUCAUGAAAGAGCACUUGCAGAACUGCUUUGGAAUAUAGCAAAAAUGUGGGAUAAAUGUGUUCAAAGUGAAGGGGAUUAAUGGCAAAGUGUCUUUUACUAUAUAUUUUUUAAUUUGAGCAUUUACUGGAUAUUUUGAACAUGCCUCAUACACUGCCUGCAAGACUGGGAGCUGCCUAGGAGCAAGUGGAGGGUAGGUUUGACUUGUCUUUGAUUCUGUUGUUGCCUGGUCCAUAGUAGGUGCUCAGUAGAUGUUGGAGAAUUGAGUUGGAUUAUUCAGUUCAACCCUCCUAUGUUUAGAAUAUAGAUGAGGAAACAGGAUCUAAAAGGGGAACUGACCUGGCCAAGUUAGUAUCAGAGCCAGGAGUAGAACUCAGAUCAGCUGACUCCCUUGGCUGAGAGCUUUUUCUGUUACCCCAUAGCUGUGCAGCUGCCGCAGCAAGGAUGGAUCCCUCCCCCAUUUGGCUUAUGAUGUAGUCUGGCCAAGUUCACAUCAGGGUCAUGGGUAACAUAUUCCCAUGCUGACAUGGGCAUCCCUUGAGAAAAAGAUGCCUCAUAAGAACGGGAGCUAUGUUUCUCUUCUCCACAUUGUGGGGCUCCCCUCUCCCUGAGCCUUUUGCCUCAUAAAAUCAGUAAGAUUCUGAAACAAGAGCGGUCAAGAGACUUACUGUGUGACCCAGGUGAAUAACUUCACAUAUCUUGUCGUUUCUUUCUUACCAAAAAAGCACAAAACAAAACAAAAACAAAAAACGAAGGAGCUGAAUUCCAAAUGCUCUCCAGGAAUCACCAGAUCCCAAACUAUUGGGAUAAAACAAUAAGGGUCAGAAUAGAGAAAAAGUGGAGACCCUCUCUAACCUUUCCAAAUAACUACCAGUUUAUGGCAUCAAGCUAAUUUUCAAGUAGAGUAUGUACUAAUUUUUCAUUUCUAGUGUGGUUAGAAGUCUCUUUCAAAAGUUGCCAUUGAAUUUUUUUAUUGCAUUUAGCACCCAUCUCUUAUACUAUUCAGACAACAUGACUCUAGAUAAAUUUUCUAAAAAGAUGUCUUAAAUGUUAGAGGUUUUCAAUUUUGGUUUAAUUCUAUUAUUGCAAUAUAGUUUUUCUACGCUUUUGUCUUGGUGGAAGAACAUUGAGGGUUAAGCAGGAUUGCCUAGGAAAGUGGCCACUGUUUAUGACACAGUUGCAAAGGGAAAAUGUGUUCUGAGCCCUGUAAUCAACUCUCAGAAGACUUUAGGAACAAAAUCCAACAUGUAGCUAAAAGCAGAGACAGUAUAGCACUGAAGCUAAGUAACUAGAAAUUUGGUAGAACCAUAAAAUCUUUGAAUGGGAACUGAAAAGCUUCCCCUAAGAGACGUUAAGACCAGACAGAGGCUAGAACUUAGCCAAGGGCUCAGAAUUGGUGACGGAAAGUUGGUGGUGUGGAAGGGACGCAGAUGGCCUUAGAUGAUUCUCCUGAUCUCACUCAGCAACCUUUUGUGCUGUGUUGUAAGCUACCACUUUGGGCUGUAAUGGAAAUGGUGAGAAACCAGUCCAGCUAAUAGGGAGGGGAGAGGUUGUCUAGCCAGCUGUCUUGUCUAGAAAUUCCUGGCUCACUCUUGCUGGAGUGUAAUGAAUGGGCUGCUAUGUUUUACCUGGAGCUUGCAACGCAGUGGGACUUGUGGAGACGCUCCCCGUGGUGUGUUCUGAAAAUAGCAGUGGGACAGAGCUGAGGGGAAGAAGAGGGAGCUCCUUGGGGAGCUGGGUGGGGAUGCCUGCCCCCUUCUUCUUCCUGCCAGGCCCUAUGUAAGGAAGUCCCACAGAUUUACAGACUCCAGGUCUGGGAGGGCCUUGGAGCCCACACCCGCCUCCUCACACCAACCAGGAGACACAGAGGAGGAAAGGACUGGCCAGCAGUCACUGGGCUGGAGCCAGUCCCACAAGGCGCCUAUUUUCCUCCUGCUAUUUCAGGGGGCUGCCUCUGGGUGCAGAGCGCAUGGGAACUCCUGGGGCCGGAUGUGGUUGGGCUUCCUGAGAGUCGCCCAGCAGGCGAGGAGUCCCCUGGCCAGUUCACCCUGUGCCCUGACCUCAGCCAGCUGGCCUUCAGCGCCAUGCCUUCCGCUUGUUGAGUCCCCUCCCUUUCUGACUUGUCCUCCUGUCGCCUCCUGCGCCAGCUGCAGGAAAGCAGGAUAGGGGCCAGCAUAGAACCGGCCUGCAAGAGAGAGGGCCUCAAGGCUCAGGUCUGUCCUUUGCCCUUCCCAGGAACAGGCGGAGGCAGCUAAGGGGCUGGAGGCUCCAGCACCAGCUGUGCCACUCAUCAGCUAAGGGGUAACUGUGAGGCAAGGUGGGAGCACACACCACACACACUGUCUCUUUCUUUUUUUGUACCAGGGAUUGAACUCAGGACUUUGUGCUUGUGAGGCAAGUGGCAGCACCACUGAGCUAAAUCCCCAGCCCUACACACUAUAUGUUGUGAUGAUCAGAUGGAAAGGUUGUGCCAAGCGUCUCUUAGCUGCCUGGUGGGGAGUAAAUCCUCAGAAAUGGAGCGACCCUCAUGACAUCAAAGGGUGAACACGUGUCUGACUGUAUCCCCCUUCCUCCGGGUCUCCUUCCCUCAGAGCCUGGCAGAGUUAUGGUUGGUAUUUCAGAAAUGCAAUCGACUUUUUUGUUGCAUUGCAAAAGUAAUUUGUGUAAUAAUGUUUAUUAUAAAGAAAACAUUUAAUACAGAUGAGCCAGGAGAAGGAAAUUAGGUUGAUCCCUAAUUCCACAACCCAGAGAUAACAUUUUGGGGUGAAUCUUAUCAGGUUGCUUAUAUACACAUGUAUCUUAUUUGUAAAACAGGGUUACUGGUGCAACUUUCUAACCUGCUUUUUUUCCUUUUGGCAAUGUGGUGUACCCAUGUUUCCCUGUCAAUAAAUGUUCUUCCGUGACAUCAUAUUCAGUGCCUGAAUAUGAUUCAGUGCUUGUCUCCCAGCUGCAGAGCAUUUCAUUGUGUAGAUGAAACAUACUUUAUUUAGAUUAUCUCCAGUAGUGCAACAUUCGGGUUGUUUCCAAUUUUUUCUUUUUACAAAAACCCAAGGAAAAAAAAAUCCUUGCAGGUACAUCUUGGUAUCCCCAGCAUCCAGCUCACCACCUGGUGCAUGUUUUAUGUUCAAUAAAUACGUGUUGAAUGAGUGAACAAUUUGUUGAAAUCAAUUCCUGGUAGUGGAAUUUCUGGGGGAAAAGGUGUGUAUUUGUAAAAUAGAUUCUGGACCCAUUGCAAAAUCGUUCUUCAGAAUGACUGUACCAUUUCUAAUCCUGGUUUAUGCAGAGCAGCUCACUUUGCUUUGCCUAAGUCAGUCUUUCCCUUUUUAGCAGGGAAAGUCCUGCUUCCUGGGAAAGGGAGAGGUCUCAGUAAGGGAACGUCUAUUUCCCUGUACCCUCUUCGACACUGUGUGUCGUUACUUUUUUUUU